CCGCAGUGGCAAAGAACUCAACUCUAAUUUUUAUGUAAUGUCACUUUGUUGUGUUGUUACAAGCAGCAAGAAAAAAGUCGUGCUAGAAACCAAAGAACCAAGAACCCAAACCGACCCUACGAUCCGUGCGCUGUGAUGUGAUAGCCAACCGCGAGGAACCAUGAAUUGUCACCAGAUACUGAGCGGCGCCUGCAAUGCGGGCGACCGGUGCUUCGCCAUUGGCUCCGUGGAAGGCAUACCAUUUACAGCCUACGCCGCCGGCUGCAAUGUGGUCAUCCUGGCAAGCACAUUUGAACGCGUCCAGAUCAUACCGGGCGCCAACCAUGGCUACGUCAAGAUAUCCGCCUUGGACUGCAGCACCGAUACGGGCAAGAUAGCUGCUGCCUACGAGAAUAAGAUAUGCAUUUUCGAGCCCACGCCGGUGAUAGAGUCCAGCAAGCACAACACCCACUUCCUGGAUUACAGAUGGGUGCAAACUGGCUCCUUUACGAGCCACUCGAGCGUGGUGACCCUGUCCUGGAAUCUGGAAGGCACCCGCCUGCUUACGGGCGGCACAAACAUCCAGCUGUGGAAGAGCAAAUCGCCCACACACCAGCAGGAGGAGGAGCAUACGGGCGUCAAGUUCGAGAUUGGCGAGAGCAAGGAGCCCAAGCAGUCGUCCAACAACGCCCAGACGGAUGAUGUGUCCACGUGGGAGAAUAUCUGGAGCUGCCAGACGGCCAUACCCAUUUACCACAUGGCAUUUAGUCCCGAUGGCACGCUCUUUGCCACCUGCGGACGCAACGAUCGCCUGGUGAAGAUCUGGUAUGAGAACAAACAGGUUCUCUUCCCCGCCAAAGGGUCCAGUGCAGCAGGGGCUUCUUCGGCCUCGGCUCGCCACACUGGUGGCUCCGACGAUGUCACUGGCACCGGGUCUGGCGGAGAGCUGAACUUCACCUACGUGUAUAUAGCCCAUCCGCGGGCCGUGUCCAACAUUGUGUGGCGAAAGACGAGCAAGUAUAUGCCCAAGGGAUCGGUGGCCAAUAUGCUGGUCACCUCCUGCCUGGACAACAUCUGCCGCAUCUGGAUAGAGACAGUGCUGCCGGACGACGGGAUGGUGAACAUGACCCAGUUUGAUCCGAUGGCCUCCCAGAAUCCCAAGUUCCGGACCCAUCGGCACAAGCAUCGAUUUAUGCAGCGGCUGAAGCACAUGAAGACCUGCUUCCACAUCCGUCGGCACAUGAAGGCCGGAGCCAAUGCCAGCAGUGGAGGAGGAGGAGCUGUUGGUGGUGCCACUAGUGGCGGUGGCAGUGGUCCUGCUGGUGCCAUGGGUGCCAUGGGCAGCUCACCGGCCAGCUAUAGCAAUUAUUUGGGACCCAUACCAUCGCUACCAUCCUCGUGCAGUGUUCACGACUUUCACUCGUAUGGCUUCCAGGGAUCGGGCGUUACGCCCGGCAUGCAUUUCCAUUUGGCGGCGUCAAUUAAUGCGGAAACGGACAUACCGCUGGUGCCAUCGAUGCAGACGAGCGACCCGGCCAACCAGAAUGUCUUCAUUUUGCACUGGCUGAACAACAAGGAGAUGCAUUUCACCCUGCAGGCGGAGGCCAUCCUGCAGGAGCUCACCAAGAAGGUGAUUGACGAGGAGAAUGGCCAUGGUAAUGCCUCCAGUGGCGGCGGUGGUGGUGGUGUGGAUCUGCCCGAUGAUGCCCAUGGCUCCCACUCGCAGGCUCAGGCCCACAAGAAGUACCUACGAUCCUCCAAGUCGGUGUCCGUGGAUGAUAGCGGCGAGGAAUACAGUCGCUAUUCGCAGCACACUGCCGGCACAGCGGGCAUGGGCGCCGGAGGAGUUGGUGGACUCCACCUGAACUCCAUGUCCAAUACAACCUCCCAGAACUCGCUGAACAACGAGCCGGCUCACCCCAUCACCCAGCUGGUGGACUCGCUGGACAAUAAGAUCGAGUGCCUGCUGAGGGACUGGCACCAGAGUCCGGAUCUGCUGUUCGCCAUCCAUCCCGUGGACGGUAGCUACCUGAUCUGGGUGAUUGAGUGGCUGGAUGACUACUAUCCGGGUUCGUUCCGGCAGGCGCAGGUCUCGUUCUCCACGCGCAUACCCUCGGCCUUUCCUUUGGGCGAUGCCAUGUCCAUGUCCACCACGGUCAGCCUGUUCAAUACGGGCACCCAUCCGCUGGCCUUUCGCGACAUUGCCAACAAUGUGCGCAGCAAGGAUGAGUUCCACAAGGGCCAGGCGGAUGACUCCUCGCUGAAGAGUGACCAGCAUUCGGGACAGACCUUUGAGCGGCACGACGAAGAGCAGGAGGAUGGUGUAGGGGGAGUAGCGGAGGACGGCGAAGAUCGGGAUGGCGAUGCUGACCAAGAUCAGGAGGCCAGCGGUGCAGCGGCCAGCGGUGGAGCUGUGGAUCAUAGCAGCAGCUCUCAGGAUUCGGCUGCUGCCGGCGGAGCCAGUGCCCUGCCAUUGAAUGUGUCGCCAUCGGUGUCCAUGGUCACCAAGCACUCGAACGGCACCCUCAAUCUCUGGCAGCUGACGUUCGCCUUCAAGACAAAGUUCACCCAAGUAUUAAGCAUUGGCCAUGUGAGCCGUGCCUCGGGCCAUCGGUUCCGGGUGAAUGACAUCACCUGCCAUCCGGUGCUGCCCCUGCUGGUGUCCACCUCGCACCACAAUCUGCCGGAUUCCCCAGAGGCCAAGUCACCCAUGUCGCCCUUUGAGCAGCCCCUCAGCGGGGGACUAGCCGGCGGCGCAGGAGGAGCCGGAGGAGCCGGAGGAGCAGGAGGAGGAGCUUCAUCUGGUGGCUCCAAUGGAGACAAGGAGGUGUUUACACCCACCGGCUUCUGCUCGGAGCUGAUCCUGUGGCGUGUGGACUCCGUGGGACCGCUGUGCCACUCGGGCGGCGUCAGUGAGCUGGCCAGGAUUAACUCCCCGGAGAUCUCGGCCUUUAGCAAUGUGGCCUGGAUUCCUACUUUGCUGCCUAGCACCACCCUGGGCAGCUACAGCAACUCCCCCUCCGCCUGCUUUGUGGCCAGCGAUGGCGAGAAUUUACGCGUCUAUCAGGCGGUGAUCGAUGCCCGCACGUUGCUGGCGGAGAUCUCCUGCUCGGAGAACCUCAAUACCCUGCACAAGUCGCAUUCGCUGUCGUCGAUGAUCUCCAAUGCCUCGUCGACGAUGCGGGCCCAGCGUUCGGCGCUGCAUGACAAGCUCAAGGUGGUCUCCCAGCAGUCCACAGCUCGUCCUGGCUGCAUCCUCCAGCUGGAUGCCAUAUCGGAUGCCAAGCAUGACUGGCAGAAUACCCAGUUUCUGCAUGUAUUCCAGGCGCAGCUCAUAACGGGUGGCCAGAGGACACCACAAGCGGAUCCUCAUGACCUAGAGGAGCCACGGCUUAAUGCCCUCCUGGAGUCGGACAUGGAUGCCAUUGUGGAUCUGCAGAGGAAUGCCGAUUUCGAGGAACCCUUCUACAUAGUCAACAUUGAGAAGACCCUGAGGGGCAGCACCAUACACAUGUGGCGCAUAGUCAUCAGCUCCAAGCAGCAGAACUCCUUCCUCUCCGAGACGGCCAUGUAUGUCCCAGACAGUAACCUCACCCAGGAGCCGGAUGAGGAGAAUGGUGGCGGCGGGGGAACGGCAGGAGCAGGUGGUGCACCCAAUCCUCGACGAAUGUCCCAGGGAGCUGAGACCCUGACGGGCGCCGAGCAGUUUGGCUCUCAUGUGGAGGCACCACACAUCUCCAUUACCACCAAGAAGGUGUGCACCCAGGAGCUGCCCCUGCCCGAGGGCGUGGAUGUUAUACAUGCCUCUCCCGCCGCCGGCCACCUGAGCAGCUCCAGCAUUUAUCCAGCCUGCUUUGCCCCCUACAUCAUAGUCACCGCCUGCUCGGAUUCGAUUUCCCGCUUCUGGAAAUGUGAACCCAUUGGAGGAGGAUCUACUACUAACCAUGAGGAGGAUACCGAGGGCGAUGCCUACCACUGGAGCGAGUGGAAGAUGUUUAGCCGGAUUCAGCACUCGGCCAUUGAGAUACCCGGCCAGCCGUUGAACAUCAGUGCCGCCUACUCCGGCCGGAUAGCCUGUGCCUACAAGUACGGCAAGAGCUUCACCCGCCCCAACAAGGGACCCGAUCCGGAUUCCAGGUAUGUCAAUCUCUGCGUGGCCAUCUACGAGUGCGAGAGCUCCGGCGGCAGCGAGUGGGUGCUGGAGGACACCAUUCACCUGAAGAAUGUCCACUUGCCGCGCAUCAACAUUGGCCAUGGCAUCGAUCUGAGUUACCUCCACGAUAGCCGGCUGCUGGCCAAGAAGCAGCGCCUCAACCAGGUCCUGCAUACCUUCGCCCAUGAUCCGGAAACCCGCACACCCAGGAGCGGGGAGACCACUCCCGAACUGGCCGUAAAUAGGCCACAAUCGUCGGUGGCCUCGGGCCUGCUGACCGUGCCCAGCUUCAGCACCUUGCAAUCCCUGAGGAAGAGCAUUGCGGAGAAUGGCAACACCUGCCCGCUGACCCAGAAGCAUCUCGUCCAGCUGGACUGGGUGAGCAAGGAGGAUGGCUCCCACAUACUCACCGUGGCGGUGGGCAGCAAGAUCCUGUUGUACACCCCCGUUAGCUCGGACAUUGCCCAGGCCAACAUCAAGGCCAUGAAGGAAUCGAGAUCCGUGAACCGUCCCAUCCUGCGCAAGGCCAGCUCCUUGGCUCAGCCGAAUUUUGUGGAUGAAAUCCGUUGGAUGAAGCUGCGCCAGAUUGAUUUGCAGACGGCGGAUGGUCUGCCUCCUCUGCCCAUGCAGAUCUCUUGGGUGAGGGAUGGCAUUCUGGUGGUGGCCAUGGACUCGGAAAUGCAUGUCUACUCCCAGUGGAAGCCACACUAUUCCUCGCACUUUGCUGCAGCGGCGGCGGCUGCUGCUGGCGAGGAUGUGCCCGAUACAAGGAAUCUGCGCGAUGAGGAUCUGCGCUCCUUGGCCAAUGAAUCCACCCAGCUGAGGCUCAAGAAUGUGGCCUCCAUGCCGCUGAUUAGCAAGGUGAGCACUGCCAAUCUGCAGCUGUUGUCGCACGACAAGAAGCGGCGGUUGGGCAACACCAGCAUGGCCAAUAUGAAUGGAGGAGGAGGAGGAGCUGGAGCAGGAGCAGGAGCAGGCAGUUACUAUAACCAGGAUGAUGGCGGCAACGAUGACUACAUGACGGACUUUGGCUUGUUCCAGGCCUCCCGCAUAGCCUGUCCCGUGCUCCCGCAAUACCACCCCAAGCAGCUCAUGGAGCUGCUCAAUUGCGGUAAAAUCCGCUGGGUGAAGGCCAUCCUGGCUCAUCUGGUGCGCUGCAUGAGCGGCGGCACUAGCUCCAGUCAGGCCAAUCAGGAUGAAGAUGGCUAUGCCCGCCAGCGUAGCUGGUCCAGAUCCCGCACCUUGAGCAUUAGCUAUACGGCGGAUCAGAAUAUCCAGGCGGAGCAUCGAGGCAGCACCACCCAGAUACCCGAGGAGCUGAUGCUGGACUAUGCGGAGAUCAAUUCGAUUCCUCCUCUGCCGCUGUGGGUGCUCCUGAAUGCCGAUAGAGAGACACCGGGUCAGGGCAAUAACAAUGCCGAGGGUGACAAGGAUUACGAUGAGCUCUUUGAUAUGCACAACUCGGAGGACAACCUGGACGAGCUGCUGUCCGAGGGGGAGGAGAAGAAGCGCCAAGAGCGUAGGCUUUCCCUGCCCGAAAAGCACUCCAUUUCGCACUUUGGCCCACGGCAGGGUCAGCUUCUGUCGCGCCUGCUUACCCACACCCACCUGCCGGGACUCUCCUCCCUGGAUCAGAUGCAUCUGCUGGCCCUGGCCGAUACGGUGGCCACCUGCAAUACGGAUUUCUCGGACAAGUUUGCCGCCGAUCAGGGAAAGUCUGGCACGGCGGGUGGUGCCUCUUCUGGGGCCCUUAAGGAUGGCAGCACCAGCACGGAUUCCCUGGAUGACUGCGGCCUGCGCUUCCUGCUGGCCAUGAAGCACUUUACCUACUUGCUGCGCUGUCUGCCACUCCAGCAAAGAGCUCAGUUCCAGCGCCAGGGCGUGGGCACCUCCAACAUUGUGUGGGCUUAUCACUCGGAGAGCGAGGAGGAGCUGCUCAACCUGAUACCCAGCUACACCAAGGGUGACCUCCGCUGGGCCACGCUGAGGGAUCUAGGGAUGGGCUACUGGCUGAAGAACAUAAAUACGCUGAGGAGGUGCGUGGAGAAGCUGGCCAAGUGUGCCUACCAGCAGAAGCAGGAGCCACUGGAUGCGGCCAUCUAUUACUUGGCCAUGAAGAAGAAAUCCCUGGUGUGGGGCCUGUUCCGUUCGCGUCGGGAUGAGAAGAUGACCGCCUUCUUUGGCAACAAUUUUGCCGAGGAUCGCUGGCGGAAGGCGGCCCUCAAGAAUGCCUUUGUGCUGCUGGGCAAGCAGCGUUUCGAGCAUGCAGUGGCCUUCUUCCUGCUGGCCAACAGCCUUAACGAUGCCAUCGAGGUGUGCAUGAAUAAGCUGGAGGACUUCCAGCUGGCCCUCAUCAUAGCCAGGCUGUACGAGGGGGAUGCGGAGGGUUGCUACUAUCAUCGUUUGCUCCACGAGCAUGUCCUGGGCACGGACAUGGAGACGGGACGUUGUGAUAUAACGCGUGCCCACCCGGAUCCCUUCCUGCGCUCGAUGACCUACUGGACCAUCAAGAAGUACCAGGAGAGCCUUAAUACCCUGCUGCUGAAUGGCGUGGGCAGCCUGCAUAGCAGCUACAAGGAGGAGGAUCUGCUGCGUCCAGAGCCGCAGGCCACCAAUCCGAAUGUCUUUAAUUUUUACAUUUAUCUGCGCACCCAUCCGCUGCUCAUCCGCCAGAAUAUAGCCUUGUCGGCGCAGGAGAAGCGCAUUGCCCAUGUGGUCUUGUCCGGCUUUAAUUAUGCCGGCGAUGCCGCUGCUCCCAACUCGGCGGCCGCUUGUGACAAGCAGCUGCAGCUGGAGGAUUCGAUUACGCCCAUCGAGCGGCAGCUGUACUUCACCACCGCCCAUGGACACUUCAAGAGCGGCUGUCCAGCCUUGGCCUUGGAGGUGCUCAACAAGCUGCCCAUGAAGAUAAGCGACGAUACCGGCGGCAGUGUGGCCGGCAGCAGUUUGGCCCAGGAGCGGGCCCAACAGUCCAAGGAGGAGCUGAUUAAUACAGGAAUCAUGGAUCAGUGGGGAGCUGGGACGACGACCAGCUCGGCGGAUGCCUUUGAUUGGGGUGCUCCUGUGGCGGGCAGUGAGCCGGAGGCCAAGUUUGAGAUCAAGUGGGACGACGAGGAGGAUGAGGAUGAGGAAGAGCAGGAGGUGGAUCCCGACCUGGCCACACCGCAGCCUCCACAGCCAGGAGCCUCUGCCUUGGGACGGGGCGGCCAUGGCAAUGGCAACGGCGACACCAAAAUGGACAUCAUGGCCCAGCAGCUAAAGUUCGUGGCCUGCCUGAAGAUCCUCAUGGAGGAGCUGUCCACACUGGCCACCGGCUUCGAGGUGGAUGGCGGCCAGCUGCGUUACCAGCUGUACAUGUGGCUGGAGCGGGAGGUGGAGGCCCUCAAGCAGCUGUGCAACUACUGCAGCCAGUCGGAGCAGUCGGGUCAUGAGGCUGGCGAUGCAGAUGCCGAGGCCAGGGACAAGGAGAUGAAUGCCAGCAUCUGUCCUGGCGGCACGGAUCAGAGACCCACGCUACAUGAGAUCCUGAUGCAGGACAAGCAGGACUUUGAGGCCAAGGUGAUGCGAGCAGCCAAGCGGAAGCGCUGGCUCAAGGCCAACGAGACCCUCCUGCGCACACUCCUCAGCUACUGCUCACUGCAUGGCGCCAGCGGCGGUGGUUUGGCCUCGGUGCGCAUGGAACUGGUCCUACUCCUCCAGGAGCUGCAGCAGGAGAAGACCCAACAGCAGCUGCUCAGCCCCCUGCCCUUCCCCACCACCCUGCCGCUGCUGAGCGCCUGUGUGGCGGGCAACAAAACGGUGAUUGCUGAUCCCAUCAAGUACCUGCAGUCGCAGACGGUGGACAUGCUUCAGAGCAUCAUCAAGGUGCUGCCCUUCCCCGGGAUACAGCCCUCGGCUCUCAGCGAGAUCUUUGUUCUCCGGGACCUGGCAGUGGCACUGUCCUCCUGCAUCUACCAGUCGCUUUGCGACUCCGAGAGCUUUGUGGUGAAUAGUACGGCCUUUAAUCCCAGUCCCGGCAUCGAGAACAUAGCCAAGAUCAACUCCUCGUUCGAGUGCAGCUACCUGGUGGGCAGCAGGAAUGCCUAUGGCAGGCGGCGUAAGUAUUCCACGGAUGAGCCGGCGGGUGUGUGCACCACGCCCUCCAAGUGGCCGGGAGUCACCAAUUUGCGGGCUCUCCUCGCCCGCGAGAAGGAUGAGGAUGUGCCCAAGUUGAAUGUCCUCCUGCUGGAGUCGUUUGUGUCCACGUACAUGGCGCUGUUUAUCUACUCGCUGGCCACCUGCGACAGUCGGUUGCUGUACCGUUUGAGUGGCCAGAGCUUUAGCAAUGAGACCUGGUCCACGCUCUUUGGCGGCGGCAUGAAGAAGCUGCUCAUCAAGCCGGCCACGGCGCAGCCUGUAAGUCAAACAGGAGCAGCACCUGGUAGUGGCGGUGGUAAUGGUUCCACAUCCGAAGAGCCUGCCGAUGAGAACAGCGUUUGGAACACUGUGACCUCCAUUACCAAGCAGCGCAUGAAGCUAAACAUGAAGAUCCUGGGCAGCUUUAGCCAGAACAGCACCUCCAGCAACAUGAAGGAGGACAAGCCCACGUACCGGGAGCAAUUUAUGCCACCAGAGACCUCCAUGUUGUCCUACUUUCUGACCAAACCGCCAGCCACGGAAUGCGAUUAUUACGACACUGAUGACUCCAACGAGUCGGAGGAUGAGGAGGAGGAGGAGGACGAUGAUGAUGUUAAUGUGAGCCGCUCCCAGCUGAAGGCCAAGGAGAAUACCGAGCACACCAAUCCCACAUCCUAUUCGUGGAGUAUUCUACGCUUGGCCCUCAUCAAGAUCAGCACGCACAAGAUCCAGGAGCUGGUCAAGGUGGCCGGCAUCGAGCUGCAGGAUCUGCCCGUGAUUAGUCCUCUCUCGCACGAGGUCCUGCGCACUCUGAACCGCUGGCAGGAGUUUGCUCUGAGCGAUCUCAUUGCCCGGGGUCCUCCUUCGCGCAAUUUUAUACCUGGUUGCCAUACGGAGAGCGGCAUUAGUGGCUUGGCCAUUCACAAGUAUCGUUCGCUGCUCAACAAGGACAACACACCAUUUGUCUCGGGCUCGGCCACGGGUCCCAUAAGGCGUUUGUGGAACUAUCUGGUGCGCCAGGAGCCCGCCCAGGAGGUCUUCAUCAAGAGCAUUUUCGGCAAGAACAUGGAGCCAAGCACGCGCAGCUCCCAUCACACCCAGAACGACAACGAGACCGAUGAAGGUCAAUCGCAUUCGACCAACGAGAAUACCGAUCACAUUCGGAUCAUUCACAAGGAUCACGAAUCGAUAUUGUCCUUCUGCUUGAAGAAUAACACCUCCUCGAUGAUUGCCUUUGCCAAUCCCCGCGAGAUCCAGGAGUUUGACAUCUCGCUGCUGCUGGAAUCGCCGAAUUGGUACGAGGACGAGUGCGACUAUGACAUGAUGAGCAUGUCCAAAGAUGCCGACACCAACAGCUCCUCGUUCCUCAUCAUCCAGACGCAAGAUCAGAACAAUCAACAAUUUGGAGGCGGCAGCAACAAUGCCUACAGCGAGUCCAAUGCCAGCACGCAGAGUGCCUCGCAAUCCGGUCGUGGCACAUCCAUGGUGCUGCGCCACAAGGUGGACAAUGUGAAGCGCAUGAGCGCCCAUCCGCUGAUGCCUUUGUACCUGACCGGCGGCCAAGAUGGCUCCGUGCAGAUCUGGGAAUGGGGCCACCAGCAGCCUGUUUGCUCGCCCCGUCAGCCUGGCACCUUUGCCAAGGUCACACGCUGUCGCUUCUCGGAGCAGGGCAACAAGUUUGGCAUAGGCGAUGGCGAUGGCAAGCUUAGCCUCUGGCAGGCGGGAAUUGCCUCACAAAACAAUCGUUCGUUCAUAAGCUAUCAGUGCCACAACAAGGCUCUGUCCGAUUUCGUAUUCCUGGGUUCGUGCAGUCUUCUGGCCAGCGCUGGCCAGAGUUCCGAGAACAAGAACAUCAACAUCUGGGACACGCUGCUGCCCCACAAGAAGUCCUGUGUGUCGGCCUUUACCUGCCAUGACCAGGGCUCAUCCUGUCUGGUGUUUGCACCGCAGCACCAGGUGCUCAUCUCGUGCGGCAAGCGCGGCGAUGUAUGCGUCUUUGAUGUGAGACAGCGCACGCUGCGCCAUCGCUAUCAGGCCCAUGAUAGCACCAUCAAGUGCAUUGCUUUGGAUCCCCAUGAGGAGUUCUUUGUCACUGGCUCCAUAGAGGGUGACAUUAAGAUUUGGGACAUGAAUCAGUUUAUGCUGAUCAAUACGUUCCCCCAUGAGCAUGCCAAGAACGGGUUCUUCAAGCAUACCGGCCAGGGCGUCAGCCAGGUGUAUGUGGAUCCCUUUGGACGGCUCUUCUCCUGCGGCUCCGAUGGCUGCAUGAAGGUCCGCCUGCUGGUCGAGAAGGACAACAUCGUUCACUCCGUGUAUUGAAAAAGCUGUAUUCUAACCGUAAACGUAACCGUAGCUAAUGCUAGAGCCGGUUCGUGUCCGCAGCCAUGUCCAUGUCCAUGUCCAUGUCCGUCUCCGUGAGCUGUCUGUUUGUGUGAGCGAGCGGGUCGCGAACCGAGUGUCCUAAAAAUAUGUGUAUUUUCUUUGUUAAUCGUUGAUUAUUGUAACAUUUUACAUUAUAUAUAUAUUGAAUUUUCCUACACACACAAACAUAUAUAUAUAUGCAUAUAUAUAUAUAUAUGUGUUUUAUAUUACUAUAUCUACUUACUAUUUACCAUUUUUGUUUGUUUUCCCCUUCCGUUCUGCUAUUUAAUGCGAAGAAACUGGUUUGUUUCACGUUCGAUGAGUAUUUCCUAAACAGACUAUAUAUAUUAUACAGAUACCAGAUAUAUAUAUAUAUAUAUUAUAUGCUUUAAAUCAAUUAUUAAUUAUUAUUAUAUUAUACGAUAUACAAGACAUUCGACAGUAUGGUAAAACGAUAUGCUUACGAAUAUAUAUUACGAUCUAUGUAUGUCUUUGUGUUGAGCUUUGUGCUACAAAUUUGUCUGUUGUUGAAUCAAUCAAGAUAUAUAUGUAUACCUAAAACGAACCUAAAUGAAUUAACUAAAAACUAAAUAAAGUGCAAAAUAAAUGAAAAAAAACAAUAAA